GCCGCACCCCAUUCCUCAGCAGGUGCAGCUGAUUGGAACAUGAACACGUGAACUGGACCAGGAAACGGUUCGCUUCAAAGUGGCACUGGUUCACCUCCCUUUGCCCCAGUGUUGUGUUGCUGUAGCUGCGUGUGUACCGCUGUCCGCUCCGGGGAUUUCUCUCAUCACCCUGGAUGUUAUUAUGGGAUGUGGAUCGUGAGCGACGAGAGAGGAUUCCUGACACGGAAUGAGUCGCAGUGAUUGACGCGGCCACACCAUGGAGAUCCAGGAGAGGUUUUCUUCGUGCGGGCAGAGUUGUCUGGCAUGUUUUAACAAACCCAACCAGCCCGGAGACGAGCCCAGGCGCGGGGACAAAACGGACAUAGUUAUCGUUAAUCCCGUUACUGAUGAUAAAACCACAAAUGCGGACUUAAUUUCAAAGCGAGCUUUACCGGCAGUGCCUCCCCCAGAGAAAGCAGCAGCAGCAGCGGCGGGGCUUUAUAUCGCCCAGUAUGACUACUCGGCCCGCACCGAGCAGGACCUGAGCUUUAACGCCGGGGACACUUUAGAGGCUCUGGAUAAAAGUCCCGGGGAGUGGUGGUUUGCGAAAGCCCUCACCGGGGUCUCGGCCACCAAACAGGGAUACAUCCCGGCCAAUUAUGUGGCACCUGUGGAGAGUAUUGACGCAGAACCAUGGUAUUUCCCCGACACUAAGAGGCUGGACGCAGAGAAGCUGCUGUUGGCCGGAGGGAACCACCAGGGCGCCUUCCUCAUCCGAAACUGUGAAAGUCAGACAGGGGAGCGCUCGCUCUCAGUGCUGGACAGUGGGAAGGUGAAGCAUUACAAGCUGAAAAAACUGGAGAAUGGUCACUACUAUGUGUCGAGAAUCAGAUCCUUUGCAACGCUGGAGGAGUUGGUGGAACAUUACUCCAAAAUGGCCGAUGGCCUCUGUACGCGUCUGGGGGAACCAUGCAAAAAGAUGGAGGCUCCACAGACUCACGGCCUGUCCUACAACACUGUGGACCAAUGGGAGAUUGACCGCAACUCCAUCAAAUUACUGAGGAAACUCGGAGCCGGCCAGUUUGGAGAAGUGUUCGAGGGCCUGUGGAACGAAACCACAGCAGUCGCAGUGAAGACCCUCAAACCUGGUACCAUGGACACGGAGGACUUCCUGAGGGAAGCUCAGAUCAUGAAGAGGCUGCGGCACGCCAAGCUGAUCCAGCUGUACGCCGUGUGUACCAUGGAGGAGCCCAUCUAUAUCAUCACAGAGCUGAUGAAGAAUGGCAGCCUGCUGGAGUACCUACAAAAGGAUAAGGGCGCCACGCUGCGGAUCUCUGACCAGAUCGAGAUGGCGGCCCAGGUGGCGUCGGGCAUGGCUUUCCUGGAGCUGCAGAACUACAUCCACAGAGACCUGGCCGCCAGGAACGUCCUGGUGGGAGAGAACAACAUCUGCAAGGUGGCGGACUUCGGCCUCACCAGGGUCUUCAUGAAAGAGAAUGAAAAUGUGUAUGAAGCCAGAGAGGGAACAAAAUUCCCUGUGAAGUGGACCGCUCUAGAGGCCAUCCACGAAAACAAGUUCAGCAUCAAAUCGGACGUUUGGUCUUUUGGAAUUUUGCUGUAUGAGAUCAUGACGUUUGGACAGAUGCCUUACCCAGCCAUGACGAACUACCAGGUGGUGCAGAAGCUUCCCCAGGGCUACAGGAUGCCGUGCCCCGCCAACUGCCCCAAAGUAAUGCACGACAUCAUGAUGGACUGCUGGAAGGAGAACGAGCAGGACCGGCCCACGUUCGAGACCCUGCAGUGGAAGCUGGAGGACUACUUCGACCUGGACGUCACCUCCUACGACGACGCCGGCCGCUACUAGCACAGCGAUCAGGCUGCCACACGUGCAAAGAAAAAGCAAACCUAUUCUUUCUGCACAGAUGCAAAAUCCAAAUCACCUGAAUCCAAACAUAAACGUAGAUGAAUGACCAAACAGAUUCAAAUGUAAUUCAAAAUUCCACUCAUUGCGGUCAACCGAAGGAUUUAAAAUGUAUGAAGCAUGGGAUGGAAGAUUGGACUUAAUCUAACAUGCCGUGAGGAGGCUUUUACCACAGCUCCCGGUGGUUGCGACACUCCUGUGUUGGACAGCUGAAUGUACUGUCACACCGGCUGUAUGUGGAUUGCCUAACUCUUAAAGCACUUUGACUCAAAGAGUUUUUUUAUUAUUUUUUUUUUUUAAUAGAAAGCUGCUAUCUGUCCAUCUCGAUGAACUGGUUCUUCUCCUUCGAGAAUGGGUGCGAUGCAUGCUCACCAUUGCCUGUGGAGCUUUUACCAGAAGGUACCUGGCAGGAUUGAUGAGUCAUUAUGAGUCAUUUUCCUGUUUGGCUUUGUGUCUUAAGUUAGUCAUAGCGAGAUAGUGAUUGAGAGGUGCUAUCCUCUCCGUGCACAUGUACGAAUAGCUACCAGAAGUGAUUUAAACAUUAUUCAAAGAUACUGUAGGAGACUGUUUUUGGUUCCAGCAGCCAGACGGGCUAAAGAACAAUAAACCCCCCCCGUCCCCCCUUAACAAACUACAUACAAACUAUUUCACUCUAGAGUUAAAUCCAUGCCCAAAAUAAUCAUUACAUAAUGAAAACUGCUUCCCUUCAAGCUACUAUAUCUGUGCCACUGGAAUAAUAAAACUAAAAGGACAUUGGCAGGUCUGUUCAGAGCCCUGCAGGUGUCCUGGGGGGAAACCAAACUAAUCUGCACACAUUUUAAAAAUGUGGUUCUUAAAUUCCCUUAUUUGUGCACACAAAUGAGUGGAACGUAACAUUAAAUUACAUUUUAACCAAUAUUUAUUAUAGCGGCAUUCAUAGAUUUGGAUUUUUUUGGCCCAUUUUGCCUUAUUAUCUUGAAGUUGAUCUGUAAUCUGUGGCUUAUUUGGACAUCCAGCAGACACCGAACAACAGCUGCAUUUCCAGCCUUGUGAUGAAUCUAAAUCUUGUAUUCGCUCCCCUUUUGGUCUCCAGCAACUCCUGACAAACAUGUCUGCCUUUUUAGCUGCUAAAUCCUCCACUGUGUUCACCAGCCAGUUUCCAAUGUUGCUGCCGUUCAGUGCUCAACAGUUUAUUAGAGCUGGGGUUUUGUUUGCUGAAAAGGGCUGCUUGCCGCAUCUGAAAAAUGGUGCUGAUAAGAGCUAUGAGUGAAUUGCUAAUGCAGUUUGGAUUUGUUUGCCCAUUAAAAGUGAUAGUGUUAUCUUUCACAUCCAUUAACCAUGUGAUAAAGAUUAUUUUAUGUUAUGUUCUGUUCAUCUGUGUGUGUGUGUGUGUGUGUGUGUGUGUGUGUGUGUGUGUACAAAUAAAGUAAUUUAAGAGCACAAAUGAUUAUUUUAGGUGCCACAGGAAUAAGUUAUUUCUCCUUCAUACUAGGGCUGCAAGAUAUAAGGAAAAUAUCUAAUUGCAGUUAUUUUGACUGAUAUUGUGAUUGCACUAUGAUUCAUGAUAUUAGAGCGAAUGAUCAUUUGUAUCACUCAUUUUCAUUAAAUAAAAAAUUCAAACAAUGA